AGUAGUACUUUUUUAAGCACAAAUUGCUUGCUUUGUGCAUUAUUACGUGCAGCUUGCCACAGGAACAUUUAUCCGCAUGGUGUCCUCAAGGUUGCUUCGACGGCCACGAGUGCUGCCUUAUGUUUGUGCUUUAUCGGCAGCUCUGUACGGAUUGGUUCAAGGACUUAAUUGCACGAACUUCGUCGCAUCCAGCGUGGCCUCGCUUCUGCAGGUGUCCCAACGGGGCGCCCGAACGGGCGCCCGGGCGGCGGGCCUCGGUGACGGUGUCCAGGUCCUGCUGGCAGAAACAGCAUCCGCUGGCUUUCCUGUGGAGUUGGCAGUCGGUGCUGGAGCCAUAGUUUUGCUGGGCGCACUGCUUCUGGCCCUGAAGCCCUCGGAGCGCACUGAUGGUGCCAAAGAGGAGGAGCUUCCUCCUUGGGGAGACAUGGUGCAGGUCACGAAGGACGUGAUAAGCGGCCAGCCGUUUGACAGUGUGCUGCUGAACAUGAGGGCUCGACAUGGUGAUGCUUUCCGAAUAUACGUGCCCAGUCUCUUCGGAGAGGUCAUCGUGCUCAUGGGGCGGGAGGCCAAUCAGUUUGUCUUUACGGAGCAAGACAAGAACUUGGACCAGGCUCUGGGCGGAGUGGUCGGGACGGCUGUGUCGGGCAAGAAGACAAUGGGCACCAAGGAGCGCAAGAGCACGGAAUCUGGCAAGAUUUUCGACAAAGCAUCUGCAGACUUCUUCGCCAACAAGAAAGCGCUUGCUCGAGCAACGCAGAUUUUUGUUGACUCGGCGGAGGACUUCUGCGACCAAAUGGAGCGCGUGCUCAAGCCAGAUGAGAAUGUGUUUGAGAAGCUUUGGACCUACGUGGUUCAGACCAACGCCGACAUGCUGUAUGGCAACGGUGAGAAUGCUGGCAGCAUUGUGUGCAAGACCAUCUCUAGCAUCAACAAGGAGGGGCUAUUCUCGUCUCAAGUUCGCCAAGCAGGCGAUGACCUGCGGCAGGUGCUGAACGAGAGAUACCAGGACAGGAAAGAUCAUCCAGAGAAGUAUCUCGGAGAAGACUCCCUUUUUGAAGAGUUCUUCCUGCUCUCCAAAGGUGAGGCGGAUGAGGAGAUGCUCACGGGUCUUCAGCAGUUCAUGCUAACCUUGCAGUUGGCCGCCAACGGGAACCAGCUGGUGACCAUCCGGUGGCUGAUGUCUCACGUCUACGGUGACCCAGCAAUCCUGGCCGGGGUCCGGGCGGAGGUGCAGCAGCUCUUGCUCAAGAAGGGCUGUGGCAUUCGGGACUUGAAGCUGGACGACCUGUUGAGUCUCAGCCUGACAAACGCCUGCAUCACUGAAGCUGUGAGAUUGCACAGCGAUAUUCCUUCCAAGCUCACUCUGAGAUCUGCCGAGAUUCCCAUGGAGUUUGGCGGCUUCAAGAUUCCCAAAGGGGCCACGCUCUUCUUGUACGCGGAUGCCGUGCACAAGGAUGACAAGUACUUUCCGGACGCAGCAUCAUUCUGCCCCCAUCGGUACACAGAUCCAGAGGCCUUCAACCAGAUGAACAAGGACAGGGAGAUCGUUGCCUUCGGCCACGGACGCAAGCGCUGCACCGGCGAGCUGCAUGCGCGGUCGCAGAUUUCGGCCCUACUGGCAUCCUUCGUGAUGCGCUUCGACAUGGACCUUGUCACCAACGAGAAAGACAACCAAAUGCCUGAGGACCACGAUGGGCCUUUCGUGUUCGACACUGCCAACACCCUGAAGCUGGUCAACCUGCGACCCCGCGCGCCAGGUGCAAGUGAUGGUGCAAGUGCGUGUGUUUCGCAGAAGGCGAUUUUUGAGCGUUGCUAGGGUGCACUGGUGCAGGGCGCUGAUGCAAAGCGAUUCGGGGUCCCAGUAAUUGGCCUGGUGCGGCUCUAUGGGGCCUAUUUUGGCUGGUGUAGUUUCAGUAAGAUGUAUUUAAGAUAUUUAUGAGAAAUUG